CCCCCGCCGAUGGGGCCGCCAUGGCCUCGGGCGGGCUCCCCGCGGCCCCGCCCCCGCCGCUGCUCUCCUGGGGGGCUCAGCUGGGCCGGGGCGCGCGGCGGGCGCUGCUGCGGGGGGCGCUGGGGCUGAGCCUGGCGCUGCUGCUGCUCUGGGCCUCCGUGUUCCUCUACGGCUCCUUCUACUGGGCCUACCUGCCCGCGGCCGCCGUGCUGCGCCCGCUGCACCUGGUGUUCAGGUCCGACUGCGAGCGCCCCGGGCCCGAGCUCUGCUCCUUCCCCACGGCCAACGUGUCCCUGCUGGGGGAGCACCGGAGAAAGCUGUUACUCUAUGGGCAGCUGUACCGCGUGUCCCUGGAGCUGGAGCUGCCGGAGUCCCCGGUCAAUCGGGAGCUGGGGAUGUUCAUGGUGGGGCUGAGCCUCUACGGGAACGGGGGCAAGAGCCUGGCCCAGAGCGAGAGAGCGGCCAUGCUCCAUUACCGCUCCCGCCUGCUCCGGGCCCUGCACACCGCGGCCUUUGCUGGGCUCUUCCUCAGCGGCUUCGCCGAGCAGAGCCAGACCCUGGAGCUGGAGCUGCUGGGGCGCUACCGAGAGGACCCCUACUCGCCCACCGUGGGGGCUCUGGUUGAGAUCCGCAGCCGCCGGGUGCAGCUCUACGGGGCGCGGCUGCGCGUGCACGCACACUUCAGCGGCCUCAGGUACCUGCUCUACCACUUCCCUCUGACCUCAGCCGUUGUGGGCGUGGCCGGCAAUUGGACCCUCCUGGCCCUGCUGACCCUCGGGGGGUACCUGCAGUGGGGGAGGGGCCCCCAGCGGCCCCGCCCCCCAGGAACGGAGGAACCAGAGAGGAACAAACGGGAGGGGGAGGGGCCAGACCUUCCGGACCCCCCCCAAAAUUCGGAGGAGCCCGAAAUCGUGGGAGCCUCGGAGCCAGGCCCAGACCAGCCCCUGCUCAGCCCCGCCCCCAAGGAGGGGGAGGGGCAGGAGGAAGAGGAGGAAGAGGGGGAGGGGCAGGAGGAGGCCACGCCCACGCCUCCCCCUGUCGCGGACAGCCCCUCCCCCCUCCGGCAGCGCCACCUCUGCUCCAGCUCCUGA